AUGAUUUGGCCAAACAAUAUUUUCCUUCUUUUCGUUGGAAAAAUUUUCCUUCUUUUUUUUGCGCAUCGUAAACUUUUUUUUCUUUUUUAUUUACUUUCAUUCUAUCAUAUUGUGAUCCUUUCUUUGUUUCUAUUUCAUUUUGUCGUAUUUUCUUUUGUGAUUCUUUGUAUUUUCUUUCAUUUUAUCAUAUUUCCUUUUGGGAUCCUCUUUCUUUUUUCUAUUUUCUUUCAUUUUAUCGUAUUUCCUUUUGAAAUUCUUUCUUUUUUUCUUUCUAUUUCAUUUCAUCACAUUUCCUCUUGGGAUCCUUUAUCUAUUUUUUUCUAUUUUCUUUCAUAUUAUCGUAUUUCCUUUUGGAAUCCUUUCUUUUUGUUUUUUCUUUCUUUUUAUCAUUUUUUCUCUUGUUUUUCAUUGUCGUUAUUUUUUUUCUUUCUUAUUUACUUUCAUUCUAUCAUAUUUCCUUUUUGGAUCCUUUCUUUGUUUCUAUUCUAUUUUGUCGUAUUUUAUUUUGUGAUUCUUUAUAUUUUCUUUCCUUUUAUCAUAUUUCCUUUUGGGAUCCUCUUUUUUUUUUUCUAUCAUUUUAUCGUAUUUCCUUUUGAAAUAUUUCUUUUUUUUCUUUCUAUUUCAUCAUAUAUCCUAUUGGGAUCCUUUAUCUAUUUUUUCUAUUUUCUUUCGUUUUAUCGUAUUUCCUUUUGUGAUCCUUUCUUUUUUGUCUUUCAUUUUAUCAUUUUUUCUCUUGUGAUUCAUUGUCUUUUUCAUUCGUUCUCCUGA